ACUGUAUUUUUUCCUAGUUUUAUUAGCCGAGAAACUUCCAUUCAAUAUCUUGUUUGGUUUAUGCCAUUGGGAAAUUCCAGAAGAACCCCAAUUGCGAGAGAGAAAUGUAUCAGUUUAAAGCUUAUCUACUGCCUAUUGUGCUUCUCAGUUGGCUUCUCCUAGCAGCAACCCUCUUAGCUUCAGAUUGCUUCAUUAAUGGAUUUCCACUUGUGAGGAAUAUAAGUGAGCUUCCCCAAAAUAAUUAUGGUAGAGAAGGCCUUUCUCACAUUACCCUUGCUGGGUCUCUCAUUCAUGGCUUGAAAGAGAUUGAGGUGUGGCUUCAAACCUUCUCUCCUGGAUCACAGACACCAAUUCACAGACACUCGUGCGAAGAAGUUUUUGUAGUCCUGAAGGGUAGUGGUACACUUUAUCUUGCUUCAGACUCACAUGGAAAAUAUCCUGGCCAACCUAAAGCCUUUCCUAUCUUUGCAAACAGUACUUUCAUUGUCCCAGUCAAUGAUGUUCACCAGCUCUUGAUAGAUCUUUGCUCGAAUCAAAGCUCAAAAUUGAAGGUCUCGAACACUGACAGCAGUGAGGAUCUGCAACUGCUGGCUAUUGUAUCACGUCCUCCAGUCAAAGUGUUUAUGUAUGAAGAUUGGUCGAUGCCUCAUACUGCAGCCAGAUUGAAGUUUCCAUUCUACUGGGAUGAACACUGUUUCGAGUCUUUCAACUCACCAGUAAAAGAUGAGCUUUAGAAAUUUUAACUCACAAGUUCUACAGUUUUUAUGCUAACAUGUUAACAUCUCAGAUUCUCAGCAAAACAAAUGGAGGCACGUGUCUUGUGUUGAAUUGUGAAUGCUUCCAACGUAUCAUGUAUUAGUGUUGUUCAUAAUUAAGAGUCUGGUAAUGUACUUGGUCUAGGUAAUGUAUAUGCUUUAAUUUCUCAUGUUUGAAUUCUGAAUGUGUCAACGAGUACUCUAGGUAUACACAGUGGCGGAUACAUCUUGGCAGUCCAUAUUUCGAUUUUCAUGUCUUUAUUUCUCAGGGAUGAAAAGCUAAACUUCUUUCUCACUUCAAUGUCCAAAUUCGCAGAAUCUGAACAAGUAUUUUUCUAAACCAGCAGGCAGCAGGCAGUUUAGUUGCCAUCUCUGCUUGUAUGUCAUCGAAUUGAAUGCUUUCAUUGUUCCUUA